AUGACUACAGUUCCAAUCCUGGACUCACCAUCCUCCUCAGGAUCAGAUACUCUUCCAACCAACGAAAACAAUCCUAAUGGUUCAUCAACGAAACCUUCGACCUUUCGAUCUGCUCUGAACCAUCUCAAGACAGACAUCACGUUGAGCCACGCCGAUAUCCCCAUCAUCGCAUGCUGCUUCGUUUCUGGACUAUGUGAUUCAUCGGCUUACAACGCCUGGGGAUGUUUUGUAUCCAUGCAAACCGGUAAUACUAUAUUCCUCGCCCUCGGUGCAUCAGGUCAACCUAUAACUCGUCCCUAUGGCUGGGUGAAAUCUCUCGUCUCAAUCUCCUUAUUCUUAUUUGGAUGUUUCGCAUUCGCCAACACGCGAUACAUCAAGCCCAAAGCGCGCGGGACUCUGGCCGUCUCAUUCUUCCUGCAAAGCGCAUGCAUCAUAGUCGCGGCUGCGCUUGUGCAAUCUAACGUUGUACCUUCACCCAAGGGUGUCGUGGUCAUAAAUGGCUCAGAUAUCGACUUCUUAGAACUUCUUCCUCUGGCGUUUCUAGCGUUUCAAUCAGGCGGUCAAAUCGUAACAUCCCGGCUUCUUGGAUUCAACGAAGUCCCUACAACUGUUCUGACGAGCGUGUAUUGCGAUCUCGCUAGUGAUCCAAAAUUGCUCGCGCGAGAUAACGUAAAGCGAAAUCGAAGAUUCGCUGCGGUUGUCUGUAUACUAGUUGGGGGCAUCGCAGGUGGUUGGAUCAGUCGAAGUGCCGCUGGCUUGCAAACAAAUCUAUGGAUUGCUGCAGGUAUCAAGAUGGCUAUUUCGCUUGGUUGGUCAGUGUGGAAGCCGAAAGGAGAACAACUGUGA